AUACCUUGGUUUGGGCCGUACGGCACGCCAAACACACGCUGCAUCCAGUUCCCAGCUAAAUCCGACAAUUCCUCGAGUGCAUCAAGUGCCUCACGCCUUGGAAAUUACGGCUGUCCGCAGGGCGGGAUCACAACGUGGCUAUGGAUAGUGUGACGUAUGCGUAUAUCUCGGAGCCGGUGGAGUUUAGGCAGCUGGAGGGCAGGGCCAUCGAUUUUCGGAAGACGUUCGAUGUGCGGGGCAUCGGCACGGAUGAGAUGCUGCAGUUGUAUUUGCGCAAGGCCCACCUGGCCGACGAUGUUGACAAAAUGCCGGCGAUGCAGCGACGCGCCUAUGUGUAUGACAUAAUUAGAAGCAAUAAAGGCCCCGGUUACUGGGUGCCGCCGUGCAUGCAGGUGAGCAGCGACGUCUUCGCCCAGCCCCCGCCCGCAGUGCUGCCCCCGCCCACAGUGAAAGCCUCGCCCGGCAGCGAACGGCGCUACUUUGGUGACUUUGCCAGCCGCAGCAUGAGCCAAUCCUCCUCGUCGAAUAGCCUGGGUAGCUUGACUGGGGCACCCGGUGCGGUGCCAGGACCCAGCUUUGCCACCAGCGUCGUCGUCAGCAACAAGGGCUCCAAGUACGAGAUAAGUGGACCCGUCAAUUUUCAGCAUGUCUCCGGAGAUGUUACACGCGAUCGCACGCGAAAUGCGUUCGAUUUAAAUGCUGGCGCCAAUGACAAUGUUCUGAAGAAGUACAUGAUGGAGCGCGGCAUAGCCGAGGAGGAUGUGGCCGGCAUACGGCGGCAGGACCUGAUCAAAAAGAUUGUGCACUCCAAUUUCACCUGGAUGCCCACGAAGCAGGACAUGCAAAAGCCGAGGACAACAGCGCCAAAGCUCGUCUAUGCCACCAUCUCUACCAACAAUGAAAUAACUCCGCCGCCUUCGCCGCCGCCAGCGCCGGCAGCAGCUCCGUCAACUGCAUUUUCCAAUUAUGCAUCGCUCACCUCCCGCUUUGUGGACAUAUCUGAUUUGGAUAUGGCGCCCGUAGAGCGUCCCAACAGGCAGCAGGAGCUGGGCACAGUUGUACCCGUUCAGUUGCAUCAGGCGCAGCCAAGCAGACCGAAAAUACCACCUCCACCCUCUGCUGUUACGGCGGCCAAUACGCACAUGUAUCCAGCGGCUAUAGAAGUGCCUACCACACGGCCUAAGCCCCAGAACGAAAUUUAUGCCACAAUUGCACCGCAAACACAGCGAAAGAUGGGCACAAUGCGAGUGGCUCCACCGGCGCCGCCUAAGCCAACGAUUGUGCCCAGUGAGAACAGAACCACUGUGCAAUAUGCGCCGGUUAAGCAGACACCUCCACCGCCUGUUAAGCCUGCACCUGUGCAGCCGCGCGUUGUGCCUGUACAGGUGCCACCCAAACCAAAGACUACAACACCUGUUAGUAACAAUGCGAUCAUUCCGCCUCCACCGCCAGCACCGCCAGCAGCACCAGUUUUAGCAGCUGCGUCGGGAGCACCGCCGCCACCGCCACCCCCACCUGCUUUAGCUAUGGGUGCACCAAUGCCACCACCACCGCCACCAAUGGGUGGAGGCGCACUGCCUUUGUCAAUUAAAAAGUCUGAACAACCAAAAGUGGCCGCUGGCGCGGUUGAUGAUCGCGACGCUUUCUUGGAAAGCAUACGCAAGGGCGUGCAAUUGAAGAAAAUCGAUAAGAAGGCUGCGACAAUAAGCGGCAUUAAGCCACGUGCUGAAAAGAAGCCACCCACAACAGAUUUCUUGAGCGAACUAAAACUGGGCAUCACACUGAGACGCGUUAAAAAUCCCGCAGAUAAUCCUUAUUCCGAGGCAAAUGCCAAUUCGGAAGAAUCGCAUGCGUAAAGAAACCGCGCGUAAUUUUUUAAAUUUAUGACAAAUUGGGCAACGCUUGACUCGAUGGCCAGGCUGACCACCUUUCUAGUAAUAAAUCGAUUUUUUAAAUAGCAUGGCCACCCUGCAAUCGUUAUUCAAAAAUGUCUUAUUUUAAAGCAAAUAAUUUGAUUCAUCUAUGUAAUUUCAUAAUCUAUCUACUACGCAUUAUUAA